AUGGAGAGCCCCGGGGCCCCCCGCGCCUGGCCCAGGCGCCUCCGAGCCGCGCUCUGGCUCUGCUGCUGCUGCUGCUGCUUGCUCCCGGGCGGGGUCAGCUGCACCUGGAACCACGCGGGGCUCCAGUACGCCAAUCGGAGGUCCGGCGCGGCAGGGCAAGCGAGGAAUUGGUGUUCGUACACUGUCACCAGAACCGUUUCCUGCCACAUCCAGAAUGGCACCUAUCUCCAGAGAGUCUUCCAAAGUUGCAGGUGGCCCAUGGGUUGCACUGGAGGCAGCUAUAGAACAAUUGUCAGACCGACAUACAAGCAGGCGUACAAAACCAUCACAGCUAUGGAGUGGAAAUGUUGCCCGGGACACACAGGGGCAAACUGCGAGGCAGAGACCGUGAAUUACCCGGAGUCUCAGGAUGCUGCACAUGGGGGUGUUUCUCCGCGCAGACUUCCCGUCCGACCUGCAUCUUAUUCCAGUUGUUUAAAUUGCAGCAAACUCUCAGAGCUGUUGGAGAGACUCAACUUCUUGGAAGCCAAGGUAGCAACUCUUUCGGCCGCUGAAUCCAUCACCUCUCCAAUCCCCAGCGGGCGACUGCCUCCUAAGGGAGAUGCCUCUGCAGAUUCCUUAGCUCUGUGGGGCUCUCUGGCUGCUCAGGGAAGCCCAGGAGAUGAAAGCAUCAAAACAGGUUCUUCAGGUCCAAGGGAGAGACCGAGGACAACCAUUCCAGGACGGGACGGGAGACUGGCCUCGCAAGGACCUCCAGGCCCUGUGGGUCCCAAAGGAGAGGCUGGCAUUCGGGGACCUUCGGGCAUUCCUGGUGUCAAAGGUCCUGCUGGACCACAAGGUCCUCCAGGCCCCCUGGGUCCUCCGGGGCGAGAUGGCGCAAGGGGGUUCCCUGGAGAAAAGGGCCUCCCAGGACCUCCGGGGCCUCCAGGCCCACCGGCUCCAGUAGGACCAAACAUACCACCCAUCCCGGAUCAAAGGGACCCUCUUCUGUCCAACACCUUUAUUGAAACGGGUAUCACCGGACCAGCCGGACCCCCCGGGCUUCCAGGACCAAUUGGUCCCCCUGGGCCAGCUGGAACGCCUGGUCUGCCGGGACGGGAGGGAAGCCCUGGAACGCCAGGUACUGAUGGGGCAGCCGGCACCCCCGGGGAAAAAGGAGAGAGAGGGCAGCAGGGAUAUCCUGGCCGCCGAGGUCUGGAUGGAGAGCGGGGUGAUCCAGGCCCGAAAGGUGAACCGGGCGAGAAGGGCACCUGGGCCAUUAGCUUACAAAGCUUCCUAGAGCAGCAGGCCCAGCUGGAGCUCCUGGCUAGGAGGGUCACCUUGCUGGAAGCUAUCAUCUGGCCAGAACCAGAACUGGGGUCUGGCCUCGGCCCUGUCUCCACCAGCACCCCCAGCUACGAUCGGGGCAAGCGCGACGAGAGCCUGGCGGCCUACCGGAUGAUCUCCCACCACCUCUCCCAGAGGAGCGAGGACAAGAGGAAAUGACGAGGGCCUGGCCUGCCCGGCGUGGCGUGCGGAGGACGGGCGUGCCUGCGCUUGAAGAGGCUUC